AUGUUUGGUACAGCGAAUGAACCAGGUCUAAUACCUGAAUGUCUUCAUCAAAUAUUUCUUAAUGUUGGUUCAAAUAUUGACGAGAAAGUUUUAUUUAAACCAAUUGGUCUUGAGAAUUUAAUGCCAACAAUUGAUUGUGAUCUUAACAUUGAAAUAGCUGUUCGAAAUUAUAUUUUUAAAGAUGAAAUGUAUCGAAUGCGUUUACCAAACAUAAUUCAACAACAAAAUAAUUUAGAAGAUCUUUCUGUUGAAGAUGAACAUUAUUCAAUAUGGAUAUCAUUUUUUGAGUUAUAUAAUGAAAAUAUUCUUGAUUUACUUGUUCAACCAAAAUAUAUGAAAAUACGUAAAAAUCUUCGUCUUAUGCAAAAUGAUCAUUCAACAAUUAUUAAAAAUCUUAUUCAAAUACCUGUAUUUGAUAUAAAAGAAGCUGAAGAUAUAAUUAAAUUUGGUUUAGCUAAUCGUUCAACAUCAAAAACAACUCUUAAUGAAGCAUCAUCAAGAUCACAUGCUGUACUUUGUAUUACACUUAUUAACCUUAAUGAAUUUGAUGAAGAGCCAACAAUGAGUCAUAUGUAUAUUUGUGAUUUGGCUGGAAAUGAACCAGUAAAUGGUACUGGAAAACAAUUAACUGAAACUUGUAAUAUUAAUACAUCAUUAAUGACAUUUAAAGAUUGUAUUCGAGUAUUAAAUGAAAACCAAUCAGCAAAAAAACAAAUGCUUGUGCCCUAUCGAAAUAGUGUAUUAACAAGUAUUUUUCGUCCUUUUUUUGUUGGUCGUGGUCGAACAAUUAUUUGUUGUAAUAUUAAUCCAUGUGCAACAUUUAUUACACAAACAAAUGAUUUAUUGAAAUUUUGUGCACUUGCACAAAAGACAAUUAUCGUGCCGAAUGAACAAAAAGCUGGUGGUACAUUAAUUCGACAACAACGUAAAUCAAAACAUAAAGGUCCAAAACGUCUUGGAAAGCAUAGUAUUUUAAGAAAAAAAAAUGGAAAAAAUAUUAGUAAUAAUGAUGAUAUUGAAGAACUUGACAUACAAGCAAUAGAUGGUUCCUCACUAAUAAUUCCGACGAAUACAAAAUCAAUAACGUAUUGGAAAUAUUGUGUAAAAAAAGCGUUAGAUUUAUUACAAAAACAAGCAUCAAAUCGACGAACAUUUAUGAUUGAACGACACCAAGAAAGAGUACAAACUAUAAAAUAUCUUCUUGAUCAACGUCAAGAAAUUGAAACAUUAAUCAAUGAAAAUCAAUCAAUAUCAAAACAAAAUGAAAUCUUAUUAAAAGAUCUUCGUCUUGAACAAGAAAAACAUCAUCAUACUAAACAAUUAUAUAAUGAUCUUAUUUUAAAUGAAAAACAAUAUCGUCAAAAAUUAGUUAAAUUAGAAAAACAAUCUCAUGAACAAAAUCUACAUUCUCAUGAAGAAAUUGAUUCAUUAAAAAAACAAUUAAAAACUCUUCAACAACAAUUUGAUCGUUUAACAAAUGAACAUUUAAAAACCAUAGAACAAAUUGAUCAAGAUAAAAAUAAAUCUCAAGAAAAUGAACAACAUCUUCAAGAUGAAAUUCAACGUUUAAAACGUGAACUUGGUCUUGAACUUUUUCGUAAACAAGAUGCUGAAAAAAAAGCAAGAAUAUUUGAAGAUAAAUUACGUAAUGAACAAGCACAAUAUCAAAAAGUUCAAUAUGAUUUUAUUAAAAUGAACCAUGAUCUUCAAACAUUACAAGUUAAAUAUGAUGCACUACAAAUAGAAAUAAAUGAAAUGCAUCAAUAUGAAAUCACAAAAUCAAUUCCAAUCAUUGAUAUACACGAUGCUAAAACAUCGACAACAACAAUUAAUGAAGAACAAUCUAUUGCUAAGCCACAAAGACGUAGUAUUCGAGCGAAACGACGUACUAAUGACGAGAGUCAACACGAACAAGAGAUCAAAAAGCCAAAACGAAUUGCUCGUAAUCAAUCAACAGCUAGUACAAAUGCUACUUCCACAUGUACUCAACAAUCAGAUGAAAUGAAUACUUAUAAAAAAUCAAAACCAAUUACACGUAAUGAAUCAGCAACAAGCACAAAAAAACAUGCUGCUACAUCAAUAAAACAAACAAAAAAGAAAGCACAAGAGGAUAAAACAGAUUCAAAAGUCAAACCUAAAACAACUGGCGUUCGUGGUCGACCUAAAAAGCAAACUAUCGAAUCUUCACCUGAGCCUAUUCAACAAGAAUCACAUUCACCACUUUAUGCUACUAUUCAACGAGAUACAUCGCUUGAUAGAGCAUCAUUUGCUACUGUUACUGUUAAUUCGUCAACAGUACAAGCAACUCCAUCGAAUGAUAAAGUUACCAAAACUCCUAAGCCAUCAACAUUUAAACGUAUUCAAUCCUUUUUCCGAGCCACUCCAACAUUAACAAAUUCAACAAGAGUCAAUCGAGUUGUACAAGUUAAAAAUACUGUUGUAGCCUUUGGCUCAUCAACACCUACCAAUCGUUUACCUCCAUCAGUAGUCAAAACACCAGGACCAAUUGUUUUACCAACUCCGAAUGCAUCCCAUGUACAGAACAUUCCAACACCAAAAUCUAAAUAUAAUCUUCGUACACGUCUUUUUAAUAAUCCUAUUGCUAAAGAUGAAGAUGAGAACAAAUCUGAAACAAAAAAAAAGUUACGAACACGCAAAUAA